GGCGGCGGCAGGAAGAUGGGGAAAGGCAGCGGGGCCUUCGAGAGGCUUCUCGACAAAGCAACCAGCCAAUUGCUACUUGAAACUGAUUGGGAAUCCAUCUUGCAGAUCUGUGACCUGAUUCGACAGGGAGAUGCCCAGGCUAAAUACGCAAUUGGUGCCAUUAAGAAGAAGCUGAAUGAUAAAAAUCCCCAUGUAGUUCUUUAUACUCUCGAGGUUUUGGAAUCCGUGGUGAAGAAUUGUGGCCAGACUGUUCACGAUGAGGUUGCUAAUAAACAAACAAUGGAGGAACUCAAAGAGCUGUUCAAGAAACAGGUAGAGACGAAUGUUCGGACCAAGAUCUUGCAGCUGAUCCAGGCUUGGGCUCAGGCCUUCCGCAACGAACCCAAGUACAAAGUGGUACAGGACACCUAUCAAAUCAUGAAGGUUGAAGGGAACGUCUUUCCAGAGUUCAAAGAGAGUGAUGCCAUGUUCCUUUCUGAAAGGGCUCCUGAUUGGGUAGACGCUGAAGAAUGUCAUCGGUGUAGGGUGCAGUUUGGCGUGGUCACCAGGAAACAUCAUUGCAGAGCAUGUGGCCAGAUCUUCUGUGGAAAGUGUUCCUCUAAGUCCUCCACCAUCCCCAAAUUUGGGAUUGAGAAGGAAGUCCGAGUUUGCGAGCCAUGUUUUGAGCAGCUGAACAAAAAGGAAGACCUUGACAGCAGUAACAUGAAAUCUGAGGUCAAAUCCACAACUUCAGCACCAGUUGACCUUCCACCUGAGUACCUGACUAGCCCUCUAUCCCAGCAGUCACAAUUGCCUCCUAAGCGUGAUGAAGCUGCCUUACAGGAAGAAGAGGAGCUUCAGCUAGCAAUAGCCUUAUCCCAGUCUGAGGCAGAGGAGAAGGAGAGAAUGAGACAGAAGAACACUUACUCCAUGUACCCAAAGACUGACCCAACACCAGUCACCUCUUCAGCACCACCAGUCAGCAGUCUUUAUUCAUCUCCUGUGAAUUCUUCUGCCCCAACAGCUGAAGAAAUUGAUCCUGAGUUGGCUCGAUACCUGAAUCGCAACUACUGGGAGAAGAAGCAGGAAGAGGUUAGAAAGAGUCCCACUCCUUCGGCCCCAGUCUCUGUGGUGGAAUCUGUAACCCAGCCUAUUGAAACUCAGACCACUCCUGUUGCAGUUGUAGAGCAGCAGUACCAGAAUGGAGAGUCCGAGGAAAACCACGACCAGUUUCUAAAGGCAUUGCAGAACUCCGUGGUGACAUUUGUGAACAGGAUGAAGAGCAAUCACAUGCGUGGCCGCAGCAUCACCAAUGACACUGCCGUGCUGUCUUUGUUCCAGUCCAUCAACAACAUGCACCCUCAACUCUUGGAGCUGCUGAAUCAGCUGGAUGAGAAGCGCUUGUAUUAUGAAGGUCUGCAGGACAAGCUGGCCCAGAUCCGAGAUGCACGCGGGGCACUGAAUGCUUUACGCGAGGAACAUUGCGAGAAGCUGCGGCGAGCUGCUGAGGAGGCUGAGCGCCAGCGGCAGAUUCAGUUAGCACAGAAACUAGAGAUCAUGAGGCAAAAGAAGCAGGAGUAUCUGGAAAUGCAGCGACAGCUUGCCAUUCAGAGGCUGCAGGAACAGGAGAAGGAGCGGCAAAUGCGCCUGGAGCAGCAGAAGCAAACCAUUCAGAUGCGAGCGCAGAUGCCGGCUUUCCCUCUGCCGUAUGCACAGCUCCAGUCCAUGCCCCCUGCUAGUGGCGUUAUGUAUCAGCCCGCAGGUCCAACCAGCUUCCCUGGCACUUUCAGCCCAGCAGGCUCGGUGGAAGGAUCUCCAAUGCAUUCUGUCUACAUGAAUCAGACAGGACAGCCAGGCACUGGACCAUAUACCUCGAUGCCAGUCUCUGGAGCAGAUCCCAAUAUGGUGAAUCCUUACAUGUACCAGGCGGCAGCUCCAACCAGCCAGACCACUCAGCAAAGCCAGGGAGUGUCCACCACAAAUACUGGGUAUUCAAACUACCAACCAACCCCUACGCAGAGCUACCAGAAUGUGGUUUCCCAGGCACAGGGUGGAACACUUUCCCAACCUCCGCAGUCAGGAGGAUUGGGCUACAUGGGAUCCCAGUCUGUCCCAAUGGGUUACCAGACAUAUAACAUGCAGAAUAUGAUGUCUACUCUCCCAGCUCAGGAUCCUGCCAUGAGCAACUUGCCUCCACAACAGUCUUACCUCCCAGCACAGCAGCCCAUGUAUCAGCAGAUGGCACCCCCUGGAGGAGCACCACCGCAGCAGCAGCAGCCGCCGCAGCCACAACAACAGAUCCAGCAGCAGCAGGCUGGCUCAGAGGCACAGCUCAUCUCGUUUGACUAACAUCUCUCCAGGAGAGCGGGGGGGUGACAGUCACCCUCGCACCAGGAGGUGCACGUUGCCAGUCAAUUAUUGGAGGGGAGUGAAGAAAAAAAUUGGGAGUGUAUGCUACCACUGGCUGGGUUAACAUUUCAAAUACACGCUGGCUUUCUUAAAGUUCUGAUCUUCUGUGAAAGGCUCACAUGGACUUGGCUACUGACCAGAAAUCUCUAAUUCCACUCUGUGCCACCUUGGUGCAAAUGGUCGCGUGUGAGAGAGUGUUGAAAAGGACACUACAGAUGAUCUUCAAGGCAGUAAACUUAAGUCGGAUAUUCGUGGUUGCAAUGCCAUAACUGGGGGUUGAUGCUAACUGUGCAUGUUGAACCAUGAGGAGCUUUGUGAGAGCGUAGACAGGUGUUUGGAUGGGAUUUUCUCUUUCUUUUCUUCACCCGUCACGUUUUAAAUCAAAAGUGGCUGUGCACUCUUGUUUUACGUUUGAGCCUUGGACCAUACGAGCGGUUAGAUGUGUAAUGUGAACAGUGAAAGUGUUUGGAUGUUUCCUCCUUAUUUAAUUUUCUUAGCUCUUUUGAACCAUAUUGUUGAUCAGCUGAUGGGAUAACUUCCUGUGACAGGCUGCCUCUCCUGUCUCUCCUCCCCCUCUGCCUCCCAACACGUGCAAGUGUGCACACACAAACACAAACACACGUGCACAAAAUCUUUCCUCCCCCUUCCUCUUGAAGCUGCUGAAAUGUGCCUCUGUGGGUCCCGUCUGUCCCCUCACCACAAACUCUGUCACUUCUUGCAGAUCUAGGGACACAGGAGACAUCAGAUAGAGACUCUGUCUGUACUUUCAGAUACUCGUGAAACAAUCCCAGAAGACUAUUUCAGACAAGGGCAGGGGACUUCUCUCCAGUAUCCUAGCUGGUAUUCAUCCCCUAGCAGACAUUACAGCAACAGAUGAUCUGAUCAGUUGUCUCUGUGCUGUGUGUGGGAGCUCACUGUUUGCACAUUGGCUGCUACCUUUCCUAGACUAACGCUGUGAUUAAAUUUCAGGAAACCUUGUUUGGCUGUGUCCUGAGUCCAUGAAUGGCGCUGUCUAAACAUAGGCCCUUUUUUCUCCCAGGAGUGGCUUUGGUGGAAAGUAUAAUUGGACACUGGGUGCAACACUAGUCACAACUUUCCAUCUUCUCACCUGAGUUUCAGCAGGCAAUUAGACUCCAAGGUUGGGGGACUGGGUGUCUCACAACAGUUCUCACCUGGCAUCUACACAAUAACUUCAUCAUUAGAGAACAGAGCAUGACUUUGUAUUUCUAUCCUCUGCCACUGUCUAGUCACGGUGUACUGCAGCAAUGCUCGCAAAUGGACUUCCCUAGCUUUCUGUGCCUGAUGUCAGACUAAGCAGAGAGGGAAGUACCAGAUAGCUAAGAGUUACCUUUUUGAUUAACAAGCCUGAGAGUGUACCUGGGAGGAAGUAGGGACUUGGGUGUGACUGAGCAGAGGGACUCCCUCCCUGGGUAGGUGUCACCUCUGAUUGAGUUGCAGCUUUUGUGUCCGGACAUGGGUACACAAGCCACUCCCCACUCUUGCUCCAUGAAUCCAGUGGGAACUGGUCCCAGUAUCCCACUCCAGCCCCCUUUUUUUAAAUCCCUGUUUGCUGAGUGCUGUUGUCUGUCAACUGUUAUCUGUUGUCCUGGUAAAACAAGUCACACUCUUGUUUAAACUAGUGAGGGUUAGCUGCCUCAAUGAGUUUACCACUGAGCUGCUGACUGGAAUUCAGAGAAAGCCAGUGGAAUCAUUUAGGGAUAGCACGGCCUGUACAAACCUCUUGGUUAUUUCUUCAAAUGUUAGUACGUUGAAUAAAAUUAAAAGGUGUACAAACAUUGGGAAGCCUCCUGGAGGCUCUGUGUAUGAAACUGCCUUUACUUCUCAGUUAUUGGUUACCCCUUUCCCUCAGUUUGUGGAAAAAGUUUUAAAAUGUUGGGUAGGGGGUGGUGGCUGAAGGACAAGGCUGAGCCGCCAUGACAGUUGGUACAAAUUAAUUUUUAAUAAGAACAAAGGUUCUGAUUGCACACUUUAAACUGCAGCUCCGUUGUCUGAGUGUACUACAGGCCCAGCUUGAACUGUGCAGAUUGCACAUUUUGAUUAGGAACCCGUUCCUCUGGUUUUAAGUGACAGGUGGACAUUGCAAUAUGGAGAUAAACUGCUUGCUGACCUCAACUACACACCGCUCUCAGACGCUGGAGUCACAGGCACUCUGCCGUGGAAAGUUACUGUCCUCCAUGAACUGUUGGUGCACUAUAAUGGAACUCAAUAUAGUUGACCUUAACCGGUAACCAUCAUCCAUCUAGCAGAUUAUAUAUAUAUAUAGUGUAGUCACUCUCAGUUGUAUAUGCGUGUUCAUUAGAACAUAAACAAAUGUCUAAUUUAAAAAGGCUCAUCUUCAUAAAUAGGACUGCAUGUUUAAAUUUAAUUGUCUAUUCAUUUGCAGUAUAAUAUUGUGUGGGAUAAUUUGCAUUGUUGUGGCUUGGGUAAAGGGGUACAGGUUUAUCCUAUCUUUAUCCUGGUGUCAGUAAGACGCUGAACACGCAUGUUCUGUUAUACUAUAAAUGAAUGUGUCUCUAUUCUUCUGUACGUUUUCCUUAAUACAACACUGUUCUGCUUUCUCCACCGUUUCAGCUGAUUUUGAAACCAUAUUUAAUAAAUGUUUUUUCCUCUUCAUGUCAUUCA